AGGACUGGUUGGUGAUGUUGCUGUUGGUGAAUGUGGAAAAACAUCAGGAAGUUUUGGGAAAGAUUGUGGCUGAUUUGGUGAAGUACGGUGUGCCAAUAUCACUGGUAGCUGGAGCUGACGAAGUGUGCGCUCGAUGCUCAUUUGUACAAGGCAAGCCGCCGUCGAAUACCAAAUUAGCUUCCGAGUGCAUUACGUCCUUAGCAUCGACACUCUCGCAAGUCUCACAGCAAGAACAGAGCAGUAUGUCCGAAGUAAAGUCAGAAGCUGGUGAUGAUCGUUUAACUAUCGUUGAUAAUGAAAGCGAAAGUCCGAGCUCACUGGCAACUCCAACACCUCUACCAAUGAACGAAUUGGACCAGGCUAUCAAGAGAGCACUCAGCGUCACAAAUGCUUCUCUUCCCGUUGUUGUGACUCUCCCGUUGGGUUUUUGCCCCAGCAAUUUUAGCAACAGAUCGUGCUUGGAGACUAGUAAAAACAGUAGCGGUUGCGAUGAAGAGGAUCGUCUUAACAACAAAACUCCAUCUGCCCCAUCAGCUAUAGGUCUCGGAACAUCCACACUUUUGAGUGUUCCGGAUCUACGAACUGUAGCAAGUCUGGCUUCUUCCUUGGACGUAAAACCUCCAAAACAGCAAGCUGCGCCAGAGUGUAAAACCGAAGUGGAUGCUGAUGCCCAAUCGAAAAAUCGCAAAAAGAAAAGAGAUCGUCCGUUGAGCUUGACCAAAAGUGGUAUGGUACGAAAAGGACGUAAAACCUACUCGGAAAAUGAUUUGCAAAUUUUGGAAGAAUUUUAUCUUAACGAUCCUUUCGCUUGCGCAAGUCCGGAUAAGCGACAAGCACUCUGCCAUAUGCUGAACAUUGAUCCAUACAGGCUCAAGGUAUGGUUCCAAAAUCGCCGACGAAGGGACAAAGUGAAUUACGAAAACCAGAAGAUGAAGGAUGCUUGAGCACUGAUCUCAGUCGAAUAAGUUAUUAAAUUACGGGUGAUUUUUGGUGCAUAAUUUACGUAGAGCUACGGAAUAUAGAAAAUCCAGAAAAAAGGGACCUAUCCUAUCUAUCUAAUCUGACAAUUUGUCGUUUUGCGUGUUAUUGUUUUUUUCCUUUCACAAACCAUGUCAAAGAUCUUCUAUGUUUACAUCUCUCAAAAGCCUUUCCUAGUAUUCGCGAAUCUCAGCAAUUUCUCCUUGCCAAUGUUUAUAUUCAUCAAGAGUGAGCAUUGAUUUAUUGAUUGCUUUUUUUCUCCAUAAAACUGC